GUACAUUUUACCGGCGGAAGUACACUUUCUCUGUCUGUCAAAGAGUCACUUUGCUUCAUCGCACCUUUAUAGAAUCCUACAAGCAAGUGUGGUACACGCAGAACAUUCCUAAAACCGAUGCCAAUUUACUUAUUCAUUGUCAUGGCAUUAUCUGGCAUUCGUGUGAUAGAACUGGCCGGAUUGGCUCCUGUGCCAUUUUGUGGAAUGAUCUUAUCAGAUUUUGGUGCCAAAGUGAUUCGCAUAGAUCGAACAAACACAGUCUCAUCAGUGGAUGUACAGGGCCGUGGAAAACUGUCAGCAGCCUUGAAUCUGAAGAAACCUGAAGGGGUGGCUGUGCUGAAAAAUCUCUGCCUCAGAUCUGAUGUUCUAAUUGAGCCUUUCCGUAAAGGUGUAAUGGAGAAGCUUGGACUUGGCCCCCUGGAACUGCUUAAUGAAAAUCCUCGAUUAAUUUAUGCAAGGCUUACGGGAUUUGGGCAGAGUGGAUCAUAUGCAAAAGCAGCUGGUCAUGACAUCAACUAUAUUGCAAUGUCAGGUCUGUUGUCCAUGCUUGGCAGAGCACAUGAAAACCCAUAUGCACCACUUAAUCUGCUGGCUGACUUUGCUGGAGGAGGACUAAUAUGCACCAUGGGCAUUAUAAUGGCUUUGCUUGAAAGGACUAAGUCUGGAAAGGGACAGGUUGUAGAUACAAGUAUGGUUGAAGGAGCGGCAUAUGUUGGGUCCUUCAUUUGGAAAUCUCAAAAUCUUGGUCUCUGGAACAAUUUACGUGGAGAAAACUUGUUAGACAGUGGGGCCCCUUUUUAUGAAACAUACAAGACGUCUGAUGGAAAGUACCUAGCUGUGGGCGCAAUUGAGCCCCAGUUUUAUGAGGAGCUAAUUAAAGGCCUUGGUUUGGACUCUACUCAGUUGCCACUACAGAUGAGUAAUUCUGACUGGCCACAGCUAAAGAAAAUCUUUGCAGAUGUGAUUGCAAGCAAAACCCAGGAAGAAUGGUGUAAGAUUUUUGAUGGGAAAGAUGCUUGUGUCACUCCGGUAUUGUCACUAGAUGAAGCUGCCUCUCACCCACACAAUAAGGAACGUGGAUCUUUCAUUGUAGAUAGCCAGGGUGGUAUUAGCCCAAGGCCAGCACCCCUUCUGUCUAGGACUCCAGCUAACCCAAGCCUCAACAGUGACCCACUAAUAGGAGAACAUACAGUUUCUAUUCUCUCUGAGUUUGGAUACAGUCAAGAAGAUAUUGAAAACCUUAUGUUGUCUGGAGUUAUAGCCUCUAACAAAACAAAAUCAAAUUUAUAGAAAUUUAAAUUGAUCAUUUUGAAAUCAAUUAGACUUCUAAUUCCAGCCACAUUACAGUGAAUAGAGUAUUUUUGUUAAUCAUCAGCGAUUUCUUUCUAAAUGCGUGUGACAAAACUAACCAUGUUUAGCAAAAACAUUGUAUUAUUUCAUCGAUUACUACAUAAUUUUAACCAAAUAAAAGAUGGUGCUACCUCAUUUUCCAUCAGGCAUUAUGAAUAUGAAGAUCCAGAAGCAUCUACAACACUAUCAAUAAUACCAUCAAGGAUUACGAUUGGUUUUGUUUUUUCUUUUUCCUUUUCCUUCUCCGUGCCUGUGAAUCCUGAAUUAGACAAAAAGGAAAAUUAAUGGACUGUUAGAAAAAGGCUUCCUAUUGUUUUCCUCAAGGGAUGUAAUGUUGGCUAUUUAGGGUUACAAGACCUGCUUUUUCAAGUA